AUGUCGAACAAUACUUCGCUGGGAAAUGGAACAUUUGAGGGGAACUCAGCCUUCGCUCUAAUUUUUGGAUCUAUUACAGCACUGGGUCUGCCUUUCAAUGCUCUGUCACUCUGGAUUCUGCUCCGCCGCCACAGCCUCACAUCCCCCAACAUUGUCUUCAUGGUCAACUUGGCCGUCUCAGACCUGCUGCUCAUCAUCUCCUUUCCCAUGAGGGUCUACUUUUAUGCCUCGGGCACCUGGCCGCUGGGCAAUUUUGCAUGCGUCCUUACCACAAUGUUCUUUCUCGACAACAUCCGCUCCAGCUCCAUCUUCAUCACUUUCAUCAGCGUGGACCGACUGCUGGCUGUGGUUUAUCCUCUGAGGUCACGCCUUCUACGAACCUCGGCCAACGCAUGGAGAGCUGUUGUGCUCCUUUGGCUGUUUGUGAUUGGGCUGAACUUACCGGAGAGUGUGUCAUUAUAUAAAUUUUUAGGCAAUUUAAAUGGUUCAUACUGUUUUGAAUAUGAGCACAUUCAGAGACGUGGUGUAUUUCCCACCAUAUAUGUUCAUGUAGUGUUAGUGUUUACCAUGCUGGCAGUCAACCUCGUGAGCACUGUUAUGGUGUAUUGGACCCUACGCAGACAUGUGAAGGAAUCUUCCAGGGUCAACAACAAGUUGAAUGUCAUGGUGAUUUACAUCAUGAACCUGAUGAUGUUCAGCGUAUUUUUCUUGCCUUUUUCACUGGUAGCUUUCUCCAGAUCACGGGCUGUUUAUCUCACACCACUGAAAUGUCUUGCUAGUUGCAACUGCUGUCUGGACCCACUGUUGUAUUACUUUUCCUUUGAUGGUUUCUGGAAGAAAGAAAUGGAUGUGGAAAUCCCCUUGGACACACAAUAGACAGUGACAGGU